AUGUGCAUCGAUGCCGGAUCACAACAGGAAGAUUUUGAGGAGCUGAUGCGGCAGCUGGCUUCGAGGGGCGCGCAGAGCAUUGAGCUGUCGCAGGUUGCAGGGGCCAGCGGCCAGCCGAGCAGGGUGCAGCUGACCGUCUCCUGCGGCAGCGAGCAGGGGACGGCCGACGCGAGUACCGCGGCGCUGGACGUGCGCGUGUCCCAGGACCAGCGGUGCGGGCUGCCCCAAGAGACGGUGGCGGUGGCGACGCCCUGGGGCCGCGUGCGCGUCGCCAUCAGCCUCAAGGGCGGCGACGUGUUCAAGGCCAGCCCUCACUGGGUCGAAUGCGAGCGGGCGGCAGCCGCGGCGACGGCGGCGCCCGGGCGGGAGCCUGUGGCGGCCGAGGCGGUGGCGGCGGCGGCGCUGGAGGCGUUGGAGGCCGGGCUUGCCGACGGCAGCAUAGCGCUGGGUGUGCAGCACCUGUUUUGA